GGCCCCUCCUCAUUCUCUUGCCCACGGACGACAGGCGGCUCUCGCGAGACUCGGGUGCUAGCUGCGGGAGGAGACCGAAAGGGGGGAGCGGCGGACACCGGAUCCCAGGCCCGAGAGACUGGACACCCGUCUGGCUGUGUCUUCCUCUCUCAGUGCGCACAUGGACCGCUGCAACCUUCACCCUCUGCCUGCCGCCCUCCUGCUGGUGCUGCUAGUGCUGUGCGGCCUUGUCCCGGGACCGGCCAGCGGCACCCAGAACGCUGGGUUUGUCAAGUCGCCUAUGUCAGAAACUAAACUUACAGGGGAUGCCUUUGAACUUUACUGUGAUGUGGCCGGGAUCCCCACACCGGAGAUCCAAUGGUGGUAUGCUGAAGUCAACCGGGUUGAGUCUUUCAAACAGCUGUGGGACGGUGCAAGGAAGCGCCGGGUCACCAUAAAUACAGCCUAUGGCACAAAUGGGGUGAGUGUGCUGAGAAUAACACGUCUGACACUGGAAGAUUCUGGCACAUAUGAGUGCCGGGCAAGCAACGACGCCCGACGGAAUGACCUGAGACAAAACCCAUCCAUAACUUGGAUCCGAGCCCAGGCCACCGUAAGCGUCUUGCAGAGGCCACUGAUCAAUGCCAGUGAAGAUGUUUUGAUAAAGUCUGGCGUCAUUUUGUUACAGUGUAACCUCACCCAAAAUGGAAGCCUUGGGUCCGUCAAUAUCACCUACUGGACCAAGAAUGGAGUGGAGAUAGCGGACUCUCGAAAAAAAGAUUCAUCCGCAAUGGAACACAAGAUCCCCAAACCUAAAGCUGACGAUUCAGGAGAAUAUUUGUGUGUAUUUACUUUUUCCAGCGGUUCUCCAUCAGUCAAUGCAACCAUUGAAGUGAAAGCUGCACCAGAAAUCACUGGACAUAAAAAAAGUGAGAACAAAAAUGAAGGAGAUGAAGCUCUCAUAUAUUGUAAAUGUGUAGGAUAUCCACACCCAGACUGGUUUUGGUACAAGUUGGUUAAUGACGUGGCAAAUGUGCUAAAUAAUGAUAGUGGACGUAUAUUUAUCACCAGCAAAGAAAACUACACUGAGCUGAAAAUCAUAAAGCUGGAUAUCAGCGAGGACCCUGGUGUGUACAUAUGUAAUGCUUCAAAUUCGGUUGGGAACACAACAAGCCGCAUCAUCUUGAGAGUGCGCAGUCACUUGGCUCCAUUGUGGCCCUUCCUUGGCAUUGUAGCAGAAAUUGUCAUCUUGGUGGUCAUCAUUGUUGUGUAUGAGAAGCGCAAAAGACCAGACGAGGUUCCAGAUGAUGAUGAACCAGCUGGACCAAUGAAGAGUAACUCUACAAAUAACCACAAAGAUAAAAAUUUGAGGCAAAGAAACACAAGCUAAACAAACUCUACAUUCAUGGAUUUGGACAGAAAACGACACAUUCUCCUUCCCGAAGAGCUGGCAUUGCUGAAAUCAAACUUCAGAUUUCUUCAAUAUUCCUAUUUUGUGUGCGUGUUUUUAUUU